AUGAAGAAGCAAUUCAGCGUUGGCUUCACGAUACACGAAGCCCUAAACCUCGUGCGAGAAAGAGGCCGCCCUAUUGACCCCCUUGUAGUCGUUCGCUGCUGCGGCAGAGAAUACAGAUCCGAAAUUAAGUUCGCGAAAGUCAAUGUCGUUUCUUGGGAUGAGUCCCACACCUGGACCGACAUAGAACUUACCUCAGACGAGUGGGCGAAGUCCUUCAUAGAAUUCGAAGUUCAGGCCGCCAACGCUUUCUGGCGGAACACGACUAUAGGCCUCGUGGCUCUGCAGCUUUCGCUCGUUCAGAAACGCAAAACCCAUAAAAUAAAGAAGUCGCUGCCACUGCAGAGCCCAGAUGGAGCGGAUUUGCACGGUUCCUUGCGGGUCACCGUGUUUGCUUGCGGCCCCGGCGAGUCUCCCCCAAGCCCGGGUGAGGAGCUCGAGGAUUCUGAUGACGAAGAUCAGGGCUUGAUAGAUGACCUGCGAAAUGUUGUAAUUGACAACAACCAGGACCUUAUUCGGGGGGAAGGUUGCAGGCCAUACAAUGUCUACGUGACGAUUCACCGUCUGGAGGACGUCCCGCCCGCUUCCAAAGGUCUGAGGGAUCCUUUUGUUGUCUGCGAAUUCGCUGGUUGUCGCGUACGAACGGCUCAAGCGCGAGCCACGAGCUCUUAUACCUUCAACGAAUGCUUCCGCAUUCCAGUGCUGACUCCAGUUCCGGAAGACACAAUAUUAGUCAAAGUGUGGGACUGGAACUUCAUGAGCGCGGAUGAACUUUUGGCAGUGGGCCGUAUUUCGUUUUCGGAGUUGAGAUCGCGUCACAUUCUUCCUCGGUGGUUCAACUUUUACGGGUUUGAUGUUGGGGAGAUCCCUAACUUCAGCGAGGUCAUCGCCCAAAGCGGCAAAUUGAUUCCUUGCACUUACAUGGGUAGGCUGCUGCUGAGUGCUCGGGCAGAACGGCUAAACAAAGAUGCCGAGCUGCUGGCGGCCCACUCAGUGGCAGCUGCACCAUACGAAGACCCGCGAUUGAUUCCUAUUUUGAUAUUUUCGGACGUUUACGAGGUCCAAGGUGCUCCGGGUGACAAAGUGUACGUCGAAGUCUCUUGUGGGCCCAUCAAAGAACGAACACGUUGGGUGGCUGGGGACUCUGUAAAGAAGCGCGAACGUGAAAUGGGAGAAGCUCCCUCUGCCGUGGCUGCUGCCCUGGAAGGAGCAAAGGGGAUGGCAAAUUAUUUCCUUGGAGCCAAGCCUGAAGGGCAAGACCAUUUCGUCUUUACCCCAGUAGAUGGUCGCAUACCGGAGCUUCGCAUGGCAGUGCCGGAUGAUGAGAAGCAACAGUGGGACGUCAUUAUCAGCGUCUACGCAAAGGGAAUUUCCAAGAACAUGCCUCAUCCAACGCGUGUGUCUUACCAGCGAAUGCCACUGGCUAACGUUCCUCUCUACGUACAGAACAAUCCUCGUGCACCUGUUUGGGUGCCGCUGCACCCGAUGCCGCAUCUUUCCGGCCUGCAGGCUCCCUCUGCGGUUCUCAUGACGUUAGAAAAAGCAAAGAGUGAAGCAGCAGCUAGAACGAAGCGCAAGCACGUUGUUGCUGCGGAAUAUCUGCUGCGGGCCUAUAUAUACACUGCCCGCAAAAUUUCAUCUCCUAGCGGCGCUCUCCCGAAUCCAAUCGUUCAGGUGACAUGCGCUGGAGUGACAAAGGAAACGGAACCGUGUGAAGCCACUUCCAAUCCGGUCUUUAUGGAGUGUUUGCACUUGGAGUUGAGACUAAUGACGGAUACAACUACGCGUCUCCCCACAGUUGUUCCUAUAGUCACCAGCUUAUUCGAUGACCGCUCUUGGGGCCGUCAGCUUCUUGGCAGAGCUGUCUGUCACUACGAUAGACUGAGGGGAAAGCUCAAGCCUGGGGAAAUUCCUGCAGUCGCUGAACCUAGGUGGAUCAAGCUCAAGGGAGGGCAGCGGCUAAAUAAGCACCGUGGAGAUAUCCUCGUUUGUUUUGAACUUAUUCGCAAGAAGGAUGCGGAGGUACUGCCUGCGUACCCAAUGAGGCCUCUAGUUUGCAUGUGCAGGCUUACUCUUUCCUGUCUAAAUUUGCGGGAUUUAAUUCUAGCUCCGAAAGGUCGUCUUAUCGAUUUUGAUAAGAUAGUUAGGGAAGAUUUCGAAGGUUUAAGGCGCGUCCGAAACCCGGUUUUGCUCAUAUCGAUUCCAUCAUUUGGGUCUGUAGGGCGCGAUAGAACCAGUAUGACACUUCAGUACGAGAGGAAUGCGGAUGGAGACCCAAGUGCUCCCAACAGGAGGUGGUCGAACGGCCCAUAUGAAAGCUUCGACAUUUUGAAGGUAGCUGCAAUAGAUGUUGACAUUCCGGAAGACCCCAUUUUCGACCCCAUGCUCACGAUCCAGGUUUAUGACAGAAAAGUAAAGCCCAAAUACUUCAUUGGGCAAUUCACCUUAUCCUUGAUUCCAUUGAUGCCGUGGAUAGCCGAUGUAGAGGCAGCACUUGACGACGUGCGUCCUUCACGAGAUUAUGAAGACUCGAUUGACUUAAAAAAAAUCGGCGGCAUCAUGCGUGGGAGCAAAGGGAAAAACCGGCGGGGGUUCAGCACAGCGAAUGUUGUCCUCGAAGCAAUCAGCGCAGCAGACCGAGAAGUUGCGGAGGCAAACCAGUCUCACUACUUGUAUCACGUAGGAGUUUUGAAGUAUGAUCCAGGGGCAGAGGGUGUGGCAUCUCUAUGGCUCUAUCCGGACUCUUUGCCGAAGCUCCUCGUUCAGUCUUAUGCUCUGCCGUCCGACCGGCCAGUUCUUCUGGCCAGCAGCAUGUUUUCCCUGAAUGUGUUUAUUCCAUCGAAGUUCGUCUUGUGCGCCGAGGGAAAGCGCGCCGCCGAGAAGAAGACAAAGGAGCAAUUUCAGCGCCCUUCGGUUGAGUCAACUGUCGAGACCUUUCUGAUCGAUGUUGAUUUCCCUCCAGACCCUCUUAAGAAGAAAGCCAUGGGACAGACGCAACUCACAGGUUCAGUCAAAUUUUUUGUGGACCUUACUCACAAUGGAGAGCCGUCGCAGCACGUCGAUCAAACUGUUGUACCGUGGGCGCUGAACGAGUCGCGCCUCCGAAAGCAUUUUAGAGGGGAAGAGGCCUACCCAAAAAUGAUUAAGAUCCGCGUAUAUGUCAUUCGUGCCAUUAAUGUCCAUUUGGUCAAAGGGAUGACAGUAGCAAACCCGUACCUCGUAUUCUCGAUCGGGAAAACGAAGAUGCCAUUUCGUGCUGAAAAUAAGCCCGGAACGCUAAAUCCAGACUUUUUCACCAUGUGGGAAAGGGAUGUUGCAUUCCCUGAUGAGUCUCGCUUAGAGAUUAGUGUGUGGAGCGCACAUGAAAAGCUGCUGCAGCAGGUGGACGACAUAUUCUUGGGGAGCACUGUAAUUGACUUGGAACAGAGGUGGUUUUCAAAGGAGUGGCAAACGUUUAUGAAGAAAAAUGAAGUGCCUAUGGAGUAUCGACCUUUAACAAGACGACCGCACGGUAAUGUGACGGGGAGCCUUGAGAUGUGGGUGGAGAUGAUGGACUCACAGAAGGCAGGCAGGGUCCCUCGGUUCAACCUCCAGAAGCCAUCAUCAACUGAUAUUGAGAUUCGGGUUGUUCUCUGGGGCUGUCGAGGGCUCCACUUCAAGCACUUAGGUUCGAAAAAGGAAACAGUCGACGCUGUACUGAGGUGCACAAUGGACUGCACAAAGUAUCAAGGCCCACAGCCAUUGCUGCAGAGCACAGACGUUCACUAUUACUCGAAGACAGGGGCUGCAAUUUUCAACUGGCGCGUUGUAUAUUCGCGUGUAGCAGCGCCAGUAAACUCCUGUAUUCUUCAGAUAUCUGCUUACGACUUCCGCAACAUUGGGGAAUCGCCAUUUAUUGGAGAGGUGAACUUAGAAGUUAGGAAGUAUCUGGAACGUGUCGCACAAACAAUGGCUUCAAUUGAGGUUGACGCUGAGCUCCGACUGCAAAAUCGUGCUCACGAGACCGUGGACGUGCAGACCUUCGGAUACGUUCAAGUCACGCUGCAGUUUAUGGCGCAAUCAGAGGCAACAAGCAGACCUGUGGGGUUGGGACGUGAGCCUCCAAACCGUGAUCCCCGUCUUACGACACCACAAGAGGGGCGCAAGUGGGAAGACGUCCUCGGCUCCGCUGGGCUUCGUGUUGACUACAGGCCUAUAUGGUAUUGGGUGCGCGUGGUCUUUAUUGUUUUCUUAUCACUGUGGCUCUUCGUCAUUGCUUUUCUCUAUCCGGCCUUGUUUCUGUAA